CACCUGCUCACGCUCCCGCGGGCGUGCUGGGCGUCCGUGCCCAACGUGGGACGGGAGCUCUACGACGUCCCCGCAGCGCCGCGCCGCGACGCCCUGUUCACACGGAGCGGCGCCACUCCACCCACACGAAGGAAGGGCUCCGCGCCCUUCGGAUCCACAGAGGCUUUCCGGGAAGAGACGAAGCAGGUUUACGACAUCCCGGCCAGCCCAGAAAAGGCAGGGACCCAGAAGGACGCCCCGGGGAGCAACUUAUAUGAUGUCCCUCCUAAAAGAGAACCUGAUGUUUCAGAAAAUGGAUCUCAGAAAAAGUGCUGGGGCCAUUACAACACCUUGCCAAAUCCUCGGAAGUCAGAAUGGAUUUAUGAUAUACCAGUAUCACCAGAGAAAAAGGGAAUAAAACAGAGCCCUCUUGGCCACUCCUUGGAGAACGCGGUGCUGUAUGAUAUACCACCAGCCAGGUACAGGGCACUGAUGACAAAUACUGAAGCCAAAGCUGCAACUCCACAGUUAUACGAUGUUCCACCACCCCAAAACAAAGCCGUGUUUCCGGAUGUCCCUCUCUACGAUGUUCCAUCUUCACGGGACAUGCUCCUUUUGCGACCAAACGCCACCCAGGAUGUAGCCCCAAGUCACUCAACUCCAAAAGCUGAGAAUGGGACUGCUGAAGGGAAUGUUUAUGAUAUUCCAAAAGCUUUGCAGUGCAGGAAGGAGACGGGAAAACACAACAAAAGUUCUGGAGACCAAGCAUACCAUGUCCCUCCACAGCUCUCAAGAGAUGUAAAAUUAGACGAGGACAGAGUAUCCCUUUCCAGCGUGGAUAGGACCAGCACUACCUCUACAUCCUCAGGCUCUUCUGCUGAGUCCUUUUCUGUGUCAUCAUCAGAUGAGCCUGGCAAAGAAAUCAAACUAGACCUCGAGGGGGCCAUAGAGACACUGACUAGAUUGCAGCACGGCGUAUCGAGCUCUGUUGCGAGUUUAAUGAUCUUCGUGAGCAGUAAAUGGAGAUUACAAGAAAACCUGGAGAAAAACAUUGAAGAAAUCCAUAGAGCAGUUGAUCACAUAAAAGUAUCAAUGGGAGAAUUCUUGGCCUUUGCUCAAGUUGUAAAGGCAAAUGCCUCUUACGUCACUGAUAAUAACCUUCAGACCCGAAUUAAAAAACAGCUAGAAAUUCUUGUGAACUCAUUCCAAAUCUUAAUAGAAACAAGAGAAGCAUUAAACAACUGCAACUGGUCGCUAGAGGAGUUGGUUAUGAAGAAACCUCAGAACAACCCAGACGAUCUCGAUCGCUUUGUUAUGGUAGCUCGCACAAUUCCAGAUGACAUCAAGAGAUUCGUAUCCAUCAUCAUUGCCAAUGGAAAGCUUCUCUUCCGAAAGAAUGACAAGGAGCAAGAAAUGAAGCCAUCAAAAAUGAACACAGAAUAUAAAAUGGCCAAGCAAAUCACCCUGCCCAGAAGAACAGAAGUGGAUUCACUUCAAAGAAAUGAUAAACCAAAUCACAGUCAAGUGUUUCCUGACAAGCCAAAAGAAAACGCCAUUGAGGACUGCGAUUAUGUCCAGCUACAGGUCUUGCCAACUGCAAAAAGGAAUAUAAUUCAUAGCAAGCAGGACUCUGCGAAGAAAAUCCCUCUUUCGGAACACCGUCGGCUGUGUUUUGGAGCUCUAAGCAAGGCAAUUGGUGUCUUCACUGACAGCCUCAGCAAUAACCAGCCCCCUGAAAUCUUCAUCUCGCACAGCAAACUGAUCAUUAUGGUGGGACAGAAGUUAGUGGAUUCUCUCUGCCAGGAAACUCAAGAAAAAGACGCUCGCAAUGACAUUCUGCACAGCAGCAGCCGAUUUUGCAGCCUGCUCAAGAACCUGGCGCUCGCCACCAAAAACGCUGCAAUCCAGUAUCCAAACGCAGACGCAACGAGGGAACUGCAGAACCGAACCGAUGAGCUCUCUAAAUACAUACAGCAGUUCAGAGCAAUGAUGGAAUGAA